AUGCCCUUCACACGUAAUUUCUUGCAGUCGAUUCAAGACGACGAGACCGUCAUGCCAUCCCCUCCGUCUUCGCCCUCGCUCAUGGCAUGUGACCCAUUUGCCGUCAUGCCCAUGCAAGACGAUGGCUUCCCCCUACCAAGCAGUCCCGCCUCGCCGAACGUGCCACACCCGCGGUUCAUUAUCCCGUCCGGCGGCAGUGAAGGCAUCCGCAGCGUUCCGCUACCCGGUGUUCGUUGCCCAAAGUGCGCCAAGGAUGGUAAGGAGGUCUGGGUGAUUCCCGGCCGGGCUUGCGGUUACUGUGGCACGGCGUGUGGUUAG